GGGAAACCUCGAAGCUCAUAGAGAGAGCUCUGAGAGCACACAUGAGCAACUGUUAGAACAGAGAUACAUAGAAGUCUCUGCCUGAGAAACAUCUCUGCAAAAGUAAAACAAAAAAGUCAAAACAACAACCGUCCGAGACGGUCAGAACCUGAUUGGAUAGGUAACCUAAUUCAAAGCAAAAAAAUCAAGAGUGAUCAGUUGAUCAUUUUUGAUUAAUCUUAGGGAAUGAGAGGACUGAUUAGAUUCUUCUUGCUGAAAAGACGAGUGGAUUUUUCUCACUUCUGAGAGGAAAAGAAGAACAGCAACGGGAGAAGAAGAGCUACGGAGGAAAGCUGAACACAAGGUCUUCCACUGCAUCAACUGAAGUGUUGGGCUAAGUGAUCCCCUCCACCUGCGAGGCACCGCUCUGCCAGCACACAUACAGCAACUCCGCAGCAGCCACCAGCGCAGCCUCAGCACCAGCAGAGGAUGGCUGCAGCCAAGACCGAGAUGAUCCUCCCUGCCCUGCAGAUCUCAGAGCCUCUGAGCUUCCCUCACUCCCCCAUGGAUAACUACCCCAAACUGGAGGAGGUGAUGAUGCUCAGCUCUGCGGGGACCCCCUUCCUCACUGCCUCCGCACCCGAGGGUGCAGGCUUUGGCUCCGGGGAGCCAGGGGAGCAGUACGAACAUCUUCCUGGAGAUACGCUAUCUGAUAUCCCCUUCUCCUGUGAGAAGCCAGUUGUGGAGCAAACGUACCCCACCCAGAGGUUGCCCCCCAUAUCCUACACUGGCCGCUUUACCCUUGAACCUGCCACCACAUGCAGCAACAGCCUCUGGGCGGAGCCCAUCCUGGGCCUGUUCACCGGCUUAAUGAGCAACGUUGCUCCCACCUCCAGCUCUUCCUCAGCUUCGUCACAGACCUCUUCAUCCUCCUCAUCAACCAUCCCGUCCUCCUCCACUUCUUCCUCCUCAACCUCCUCAUCACAAAGUUCCAGCCUCAACACCUCAAUCCACCACAGCGAGCCCAAUCCCAUCUACUCAGCUGCCCCGACAUACUCCAGCCCCAACUCUGACAUCUUUCCAGACCAGAGUCAGGGGUACGCCAGCUCAGCUGGAUCAGUACAGUAUCCACCCCCUGCAUAUCCCAACGGCAAGACCUGCAGCACAAGUUUCCCUGUGCCCAUGAUUCCUGACUACCUCUUCCCCCAGCAACAGGGAGAGAUCAGCCUGGUGCCCCCAGACCAAAAGCCCUUCCAGAGUCAGUCAAACCAGCCAUCACUUACUCCUCUGUCCACCAUCAAGGCCUUUGCCACUCAGACUGGUUCCCAGGACUUAAAAAACAUCUACCAGUCCCAGCUGAUAAAGCCCAGCCGCAUGCGCAAGUACCCCACACGACCAAGCAAGACACCGCCACACGAAAGGCCCUACGCUUGUCCUGUGGAAACCUGCGAUCGUCGCUUCUCGCGGUCUGAUGAGCUGACACGUCACAUCCGCAUCCACACUGGCCAGAAACCCUUCCAGUGCCGCAUCUGCAUGAGAAACUUCAGCCGCAGCGACCACUUGACAACACACAUCCGCACCCACACAGGGGAGAAGCCCUUUGCCUGCGAGAUCUGUGGACGCAAGUUUGCCCGCAGUGACGAGAGAAAGAGGCACACAAAGAUCCACCUGAGGCAGAAGGACAAGAAGGCAGAGAAGGCUGGAGCUGCUGUAGUAACGUCGGCUCCAGCAUCUUCUGCUUCACCUGCCUCCAGUUACCCCUCUCCCAUCACUUCCUAUCCUUCUCCAGUGUCUUCUUACCCGUCUCCAGUCACCUCCUGCUACUCCUCUCCUGUCCACACUUCCUAUCCCUCUCCUUCCAUCGCCACCACCUAUCCAUCGGCGUCAAUGUCCACCACCUUCCAGUCUCAAAUCGCCAACUCCUUCCCUUCUUCAGUUGCAUCCAACAUCUACAGCUCCCCAGUGCCCACCCCUCUUUCAGACAUGCAGACCACUCUUUCCCCGAGGACAAUCGAGAUCUGCUAAGAAAGGAGCAGACAGAAAAACUUUUUUGUACUCUCAACGCACUUCUCCUUCUGCAAGGUUUCCAUUUUAGAGGGGAAAGAAAUCAGCAUCAAAAGGACUUAGUUUCCCUCCUCCUAAAAGCACUUUUUUUUGCUACCGGGUGCAGUGCAGGUGAAUCUUGAGAUUUGCCUGAAAGAAAGAAAAGAGACACAUGUCAAGGACUGGGCAAGGACAGCGUAACAUGUAAAAGGAUUUUUUUCAUACUGUCUCUGUAAAACAAAUGCAGCACUUCAAAUGCAUAUAGGACUCCUGAGACAGAUAGAAAACGGCUCCGGCGGGUCUGUUCUAUCACCGACCGAAAAAACAAAACAAAAAAUAAAUCCCACGCCAAGAGACAGAAAGAUUCCUCAGGCACGUUUGUCCUUGAGACAUUUAUACAAAAGACAUUGAAUGAUAUACAUAAGCUAUCAUAUAUGUAUAUUGUACAUGUGCCAUGUUUCGUUUUUAUCAUUCCUCGGUACCACUGAUGUGAACAAUUAUUUGCAUAUUUGCAUUGUAUUAUUUGAAGUGAGCAGGGCCAUAUUUUCUACAUACUUUCUCUAUUAUGUAGUGAUGAUGCUGUGAUAUGUUUUGACAUUGUUUGAGAUUAAAAAAAAAAGAAGCACUUAAGUAUUCGAGCAUGAGUAAGAGUGAUGUUAGUUUCUGUUGUAAAUAUCAUCCACUGGUACUAUCUCUUUCUCACAUGUGACAUAUCGCUUGGUUAUAUUGAAAAACAGAGAAAUGGAAAAAAAAAAUUUUUUUUUUUUUGGAAAAAAACCUAAACAAGACAAACGCUCCUGUUAUUCGGUGCCUUUCGUGAAGCCUUGCAGAUGUUGCGACUUGGCUGAGCGCGAGAGUGGAUGCACUGCAUCUCGCCUUAAGGAUUGAGGGAAUAUUUUUGUUACAGAAUGUACGCACUCAGAGGGAGGAAGAAAAAGGGACGAGCUAUGAGGGCACCGCUUCAUUUUAUCAGAAUGUAAGCAAAAAAGAAAAAAAAAAAAGAUAAAAAAUUAUAAAGUAUAUUUUUGUAAGUGUAAAUAUCCACAUCUUCAAGAGCUGGAAUGUUGAAGUUACCUACUGAGUAGGCAUGGGAUUCUUUUGUAUGUUAUAUACAUGCAGUUCAUUAUUUUGUGGUUAUCUUUAUUUUGUAUUUGUGUUCGUUAAAACAAGUGACUGUUUCUGGCUUCUAAACACAUUGAAUGCGCUUAACUGCCAGUGGGAUAUUUGGUGUACAAGAUAUCCUUCCAGAAAUGAAAUAUAAAUAAAUAAAAAUAUGAAUAUAUAUGAA